AUGGCAGUGACGGAUCUGCUGGUCAUCAUCACUGCUGUAUUACUCAACCGAAUCACUGGCAUUUAUUUCCCGUUCAGUUUCAUGUCCGUUACACCUAUCUGCAGCCUGCGGAUUGCUUUAAUAUGUGGAUCCAUAGACUGUUCUGCCUGGUUGACAGUUGCUUUCACCUUCGAUCGAUUUGUGUCCAUUUGUUGCCAGAAAUUGAAAAUGAAUUACUGCACGGACAAAACAGCCCGGUGGAUCAUAGGAAUAGUCUGCACACUGAGUUACCUCAGGAAUAUCUUCUGGUAUUUCAUAUUUGUACCUGUGUACAUAAUCGACAAUGUUCCCUGGUUCUGUGUUAUAUUUUAUAAGUCACUAGCAUGGGCUGCAUAUGACUUGAUCCUCGUGAUUUUUAGUCCUUGCCUGCCAUUCUUAGUCAUUUUACUGCUCAAUGCUCUUACCGUUAGGCAUAUUAUUAUGGCAAAUCGAGCUCGCAGACGACUCCGAAAUCAAAUAAGUGGAGACAAUCAGAAGGAUCCAGAGAUGGAAAAGCGGAGAAAGUCCAUUGUUUUACUCUUUGCCAUUUCCACGAGCGUCAUAGUGUUGUAUAUUUUAUAUUUUAUGACCGUAGUCUACGUCCGGAUUGCAAACGUUACUUAUUUCGCGGAUUCUGAUUUCAGUGACUCAACAUUUAUUCUCGAAGAAAAUGCGUACAUGCUUCAAUUUUUGUGUUCAAGCGUUAAUCCGUUCAUUUAUGCAGGAACCCAGAACAAGUUCAGAGAUGAGUUAAAGAGGGGAGUAUUGUGUCCAUUCUCUAUGAUUCCAAAAUUUAGCACUUCACGCGUCCAAGAAAGAAACACAUUAAUUCCAUACUAUGUUGUUAUUUCUUGA